AUGCCCUCUUUUGCGGUCAAGGCUUUGAUCCAGAUUUUUUUCAAAGAUUUGGACCUGCCCAAAGGAUUCGCGGUUCGGUCGAGGUACCUCGCAAAGAACAGACGUACACAACGCACCUCAACAACCACCCACUAUCACGAUGGCGAUUACUCUAUCGCUACAGACAUCCUUAACGAGUGUCUCGUUCCUUCACCCCCUCCCCAUUCGAAUUCAUCACCAGUGCACCCUGGUUCUGUGACGGGGGAUCCAGGUCUCGAAGUCUCCAUCAAUAUUUCCUCUACCAGAUCCUCCCGUCGGGAUUCCUUUGCCCGCACAGCUUCUGGUAUGGCUCAGACAUUUUUACCUUUCGUCCAGGGCAUUACAGGUGCAAUUCCAGCUGCCGGUCCUCCGAUGCAAGCUGCUAUUGGUGGACUAUUGUCAAUCCUUCAAGCCAUACAUAGACGUAGUCAGAAUAAGGCGGACCUAGAUCGCCUGAGGACACGACUUUAUCAACUAAGCUCACAUCUGUGCAACGUCCCGACCGCCCAGUAUCGCUUUGAACAAUGCCAGAGGGAUUCAAUAAUUAGGAUUCUGCAAGAGACCUCUGCCCAGCUGACAAGGUCGCAAAAACAUCGUCUCGAAUAUGCAUCCGUCACACAAGCUAGCGCCGGAUGCUUCAUUGAAAAUCGACCAUUAUCUGGUGAAUUAUUCGGUUUUGUUCUACUCUCUCAACACCGUUUACAUGCACUUACGGUUCUGCUUUAUUAG